AUGGCAACUCAUCCGCCAUAUUCGGCUUUACACGACGGCCAGAGCGAAUCUGAUCUCGAGCUCGAAAGGGUUGAAACCCAAGCCAGUCCUCGUAUGUCUGUUCAUAGGCAUGUCAGCGAGACUGAAAUCGGCGUCUCAGAAAUAGACGGUAUGAAUGUGCAUACACAACUGCAAACAGACAUUGAAACGAAGCAACCUGGGUUCGAUUGGAGCGGCUCUUGGGUAUGGGAAAUAGCAUCUAUUACUCUAGCCGUCGUGGGCCUUGUUCUUUUGGUCGCCUUUCUUGUCUCGAUAAAAAACACCCCAUACGCGAGCUGGCAAUAUACCGUGUCCCCUAAUACUAUCGUGUCAAUCAUCGUCACCAUUACCAAAGCCGCAGUGCUCGUCUCGGUGUCCUCAUGUCUCGGCCAGCUGAAAUGGAACCUAUUUCAAAAUUCAACUCCGCUAUAUCAUAUGCAGGUUAUUGACCAGGCAAGCCGGGGACCCUGGGGAUCCUUGGAAGUUUUACUGAGGGGAAUAUUUGGGUCGAAAACAGGAAGCCUAACUUAUGCUGGGGCAUCUCUUACGGUUCUGGCUCUUGCAGUGGAUCCAUUUGCGCAGCAAAUUUUAACGUUCCCUUUACGAACUGUUACUAUACUAGAUCCCACUGCGUUUACCCAAACCUCACAGAAAUGGUACUCUAUAGGGGAUUCGGAUGCAAGUGACGUAUACCUUGAGCUCCAGCCUUCCCUUUUGACUCCAAUAAUAGGUGGACUCUUGCAGAUAUCUAGUCCUCUUGAGCCUCAAUGCGAGGCAAGCUCUUGUCAAUUCCCAGAUUUUGUUGCACUGGGGAUGUGUAGCAAAUGCGAGGAUGUCACAUCUCAAACAAAUCAAAAGUGUCAGGUACCAGAGUACUCAAAUCAUUGGGAUUAUUCCCACCCGGCCUUUAGGGAAACCCCUAUGAAUUGCAGCUACCAAUCUCCGAAUAACUUCUCUUUCGAUUUUCAUGGGUUUCAGUCAAUGUCUUACGGGUUCGGCAAUGUUACGUACGACAAUAUCACGCUUCGUAUGAACCAUUGGAGUUCCCAUCCAAGGAAAAGGGACCCAAUUUUCGACAUUCAGACCCCAAUUGUCUCCCUUACUGAGGUGGACUAUAACAACCCGGUUUUCUACACUCUAUCCAACGCGACAGCUCCCCCAACAAAGCCAUUAGUAACAGAAUGUGCUAUAUACUUUUGCGAGCGACGAUACUCAGAGAGCGUAUACCCAUCUAGCGCCCAAAACAGCAGUCCAAUGCAUGUUAUUGAUACACAGCAGCUUGUUGCUAUAGAUGUCCGUGAAGAAAGUCCCACUUCUUUCUCAAUGAAUUCCGUUCACUUUGCACCCCCAAACGGGUCGGCAACCCUAUCAAAUGACUCGUCCUACAGCAUCGAUCAUCAGACGUUCAACGGUUUCGAACCGACAAUGAUGAGGAUUUUCAAUAGUACGGUUGUUUUGACUGGGAGCGUAUCAACAUCAAAUUUGAAUCUGGAAACAUUUCUGCGCAAAGGAAAUCUCAGUCAAUUACUCGAUUCAAUGUCCACUAGCGUCACUGAUGUCCUACGCGCCAAUCGUCGGGGUUACAAGAUUACGGGGAAGACAUCUCGAGUAGAGACAUUCAUUCAUGUUCGAUGGCCGUGGAUCAUUCUUCCGGUUAUUGUUACCCUGGGAUCAAUCGCGCUGCUUCUGGGAACUGCAAUAGGAAGCAAACGCCGCAAGGCCGUGCUGUGGAAGUGUAUGGUGCUUCCGUUAUUAUCAAGCCAUCUCCAUACCACACCGGAGAAUGAGAUCGCAUCUGUGCGCAGCGUGGAUGGAAUGACUGAGAAAUGGAAGAAGAUACGCGCUGUAAUGGUAGAGGAUGAAGGGCCACUUACAUUCAGGGAAAAGUAA